AAAGAUGAGAGGUGGAGGAGGAUCGGGAAGAAACGAAAAGAAGGGAAAGGAGUAGAAGGGGGGGAAAGAAACUUCUCCUUCUUCCUCCUUCACUCACGGGAUCCCUUUGAAACUAUUUUCAUCAUAAUUUCCUCAUACGAUAAUGAAAUCACAUGAGGUCGGAAGCUAUAGUUUCGUAGCGAGGCCGUCUUCAAUGUUACCAUACCCACCCUUUGAAAACCAUUGUAUAAAGAAAACGAGGUCCAAACAUAUUGACGUGUUCCGGCGACUUUUCUCUGUUUUCGGGCAAUCCCGCUGGAAUCUGGCUCGACCCAAGUGAAAAUAAUGAUUCUCCCCUCGUGGGGUCUCCUCUAGCGAAAUUGGGUUAAAUUGCCCUUGACCAAAAAAAUGAUGGUCCGUUGGUGCCAAAUUGGGCAGGCAAUUGGUGGGCUCCAAGAAGCUCGUUGAACUUCCUUUGUAGCCUGUUGGCAAUAAGUAACGACGGGCCUGACGUCAAGUAACUGACCUUAACCCCGUGCACCAAAGUGAACCAAACGGCUCCAAUUUGGGCGCCCCACAGCUGUUGGAUUCGCUACAGUUUGUUGAUCUGGACCAUUACAUUUCAAACGAUAAAAGAAAUUUAAAAGAUGAUGUUGUGCCAUGUGGCAUUUUGUGGCGUACUUGAUAUUAAAAUUUUGAAAAAUUCAACGGUCAGGAUUAAUCCCAUGGUAAAAAAUCCAAAAAAAAUUUACAACAUAAAAUAUCUAAAAAACUUACAAAGUUCACGCUUAAACAAAAAUCUAAGCUGAUAUUACUAAUAGAUAAUGACACGUGGUGUGAUGAAAGUGGUUGAAAAUGGAAAAGUAUCCUCUUCGGCUCCCUUCCACCUAAUUCACCAAGUUCAAAGAUCCGGGUCGUUGAAAUUUGAUCCAACAACUACAACUAGGAUCCACUAUAAAAACUAUAAUAGAUUGGAUCAAAUUUCAAGGCCCGGAUCCGAACUUGUGAAUUUGGUGGAAGGGAUCCGGAGUCCUUUCCGUUGAAAAUCUCAUCGCCUCUCCUUUCAGCUCUUCAAGGAAAACCCACUUCUUGGGCCGUUUUCAACCACAUAAAGCUUCACUCUUUUGUUAGUUUCUAUGUUUAAAAUUGUUGGGGUUUGCAGUUUUGGAUUGAAAUUUGUGUUUUUGGGAUUUGUUGGGUGCUCGCAUGUGGAAAUUUGGAAAAUUUUAGUUGUGGAUUGUGGGGAACUGACGCAGUGGCGGUCCCACUUCAUGUUAGAAAAGGUGGGUUCUCUAGACGCGCAGAGAGUGGUUCAUCAACACCAAGGAUGGCGGCUGAUCUCAGAUCUCAUGUAUGUGGUUACAUGCUGGAGUUUUCCAUGUGCUUGCCAAUGUGCUGAGUCUUGUAUUCAUUGGAAUUCGGCUUGAGCAAGAAUUUGGAUUUGGUAUGCAUCUGGAUUUUUAGCUUCAUGUAUGUUAUCAUGCAUGUAUGGCUACAUCCAUAAGUGUUUGUAGUAAAAGAUAAAGCACACGAUAUAAGUUGUAGAAUAAUAAAUUAGUUACCAAGUGCAAAACUUUUUUCAUAAAUCUAGAAGAUGGCUUUAGCUACCUUGCGAUUAAUCUACAGAGGAUUUCUAUGCAUUUGUUUAUUGAAUUGUAAUCCUAGAGUAGUGGUCAUGUAGUGCUGGUUGCAUUAUAACUUACACCAGUAUGUUGUUUGGUUUGAUGGAAACAAGAGGACGUUUUAUUCAGCGGUGAGCAAAGAAAAGAGUUUAUACACUGAAAAUGGGGUUCAAACUUUAGUUUUAGACAUAGUAUUCCAUUUUACAGAAUAAAAUUGCUUGAAACAGAAGCUGAGAGAUUAUUUCAGUUUCCAUCACAUCUGUGGGAACAACGAUUGUUUUAGAUAUCCUGUACAUGUAGACGUGGCGCCUCAUUUUGAAAUGUUUCAAGAUGCCGUCUAUUUGAAAAGAUUGAAAAAAUAAUAGUUUGAUGCGGAUCUACAUCAUGUACAGUUGUUUUGAUGAACUGUUUUAACUAAUUGGUUUGAAAUUCUAAUGUUUUUCGAAUUUGUUCUUCGGCAGUUUGAAUUGGUUUCCAAUAUCUCAUGUCUGGUUUUGGUGGGAGUUUGCUUUCAGCUCUUUUUAUUCAAUAUGGUAUUUCUGUUGGUGCUUCUGGUGCACUUUUUGGUUUACUAGGAAGCAUGCUUUCAGAGCUCACAUCAAAUUGGACAAUGUAUGUAAAUAAGUUAGCAGCAUUGCUUACUCUCCUUUUCAUCAUCAUAAUAACUUAGCAGUGGGAAUUCUACCACAUGUGGACAACUUUGCUCAUAUUGGAGGAUUUGUCUCCGGAUUUCUUCUUGGAUUUUUGUUUUUGAUCCACCCCCAGUUUAAAUGGCUUACCCAACAGAAUGCUCCCCCUGGACGUGUUACUACUCCAGUUAAAUCUAAACACAAGACGUAUCAAUAUGUAUUGUGGGUCCUCUGUUUGAUACUAUUGAUUGUUGGGUAUACUCUUGGCUUGGUAACUCUUUUUCGAGGGGUUAAUCUAAACAACCACUGUUCCUAGUGUCAUUACUUGAGCUGUGUCCCUACAUCAAAAUGGAAUUUCGAGCCAGAUAGGGAAUCAGCUGAACUUAACGUGCGUAAGCAAUGGUAGAAAUGGAACAUAUUCAUUGUCGGAUCCCAGCCCCUCGUGGACUCAGCAGCUAUAUGCUGAGCUUUGCAGUUGACCAUACAUGUACAGAUUUCAGAUUUGAUAGAAUGUUGAUUGAUAUGCUUCAUUCUUGUAACGGGAUCAUUUUCAUGCUACUGGGUCGGCUGGCUUCAAUAGCUUAUGAAUAUGUGGACGGAGAGGUGAAACAUGUUUUGGAUGCCAAGAAAGAUAUUGAAGAAUUUGCUGACAAUCUCAAAGCUAUUCAAGCUGUUCUCGAAGAUGCGGAGCAAAGGCAAGUGAAGGAGGCCAGCGUGAGGAUCUGGUUAGAUCAGCUCAAAGACAUAUCCUUUGAGAUGGUGGACGUGCUGGACAAGUGGAACACUGACAUGCUGAGACAACAGGUUGAGAAGCAAGAACGAGAAAGUGAAGAUGCUCUUGUUCCAAACAACAACAAGAAGAAGGUAACUCUCUCUGUUUCCCCUAGCUGCUUUUGUUUUGGCAAAGUCAGACGGGUAAUUUUCCGUCGUGACAUUGCGCGUAAGAUAAAAGAUUUGAAUGGUAGGCUAAGUGCGAUUGAUGAGCAAAGAAAAAGGCAUGAGUUUCAACACAUAGAAAGAGGCAUUCAACAAUUACCUGAACGGCAGAAGACUUCGUCCUUCGUUGUCAUGUCAGAGGUAUUUGGUCGAGAAAAAGAAAAAGACAUUUUGAUAACAAAGUUGUUGAGUGAUGGUGGAAAAGAUCGAAGGGGGCUCCUUAUCAUCCCUAUUCUAGGAAUGGGCGGAAUGGGGAAGACAACUCUAGCCCAACUAGUUUAUAACGAUAGCAAGGUUAAAUCCCACUUUGAAAAGAGAGUGUGGGUUUGUGUCUCGGACCCUUUUGAUGAGAUUAAGAUUGCCAAAUCCAUAAGUGGUGAUGGUGCCCCAAGUUCAAAUGAGUUGGACUAUGUCUUGCAGUGCAUGUCAAGAUCUAUCGAGGGCAAAAGGUUUCUCCUUGUCCUAGAUGAUGUGUGGAGCCACGAUAGUGAAAAGUGGGAACAAUUAAGGGCACCACUAAUACAAAGUGGUGCUCAUGGCAGUAGAAUAUUGGUGACCACAAGAAAGCAUGAGGUUGUUGAUAUGAUGAGAGCAACAAGUGACAUGAUUAGUUUGGGAGGGUUGAGCGAAGGAUAUUGUUUAUCAAUCUUCAAUCACAUGGCGUUUGCUGAUAGAGAAGUUGGUGAGUCUAAAGCGUUUGAAGAUAUUAGUAAGAAAAUUGUGGAAAAAUGUAAGGGUUUGCCUCUUGCCUCAAAAGCUUUAGGCAGUCUCAUGCACAAUAAGAGAACAAGGCGGGAAUGGCUAGAUGUUUUGAAUAGCAAGAUAUGGGAUCGAGAAGAGGUGGAGCAAAAAGUUUUCCUACCAUUAUUACUAAGUUAUUAUGAUUUGGCCCCAUCAAUCAAAUGUUGCCUUUUGUAUUGUGCUAGUUUUCCUAAAGAUUUUGAGUUUGAGAGAGAAUAUUUGAUUAAUCUUUGGAUGGCACAAGAUUAUCUUAAUUCAAAAGGGAAUAAAGAUAAGGGAGAAAUUGGUGAAGCAUUUUUUGAUAACUUAGUUGCACGAUCUUUUUUCCAAGAUUUGGUGAAAGAUAGUGUUAGUGGUAAAGUUAUAGGUUGCAAAAUGCAUGAUAUUGUUCAUGACUUUGUGCAAUCUCUCAACAAGAACGAAUGUUUGAUCAUGGAUGUUGAGGGUGUUGGCAAUGAAGUAAAGGUUUUGGGUGAAAAGGUUCGUCAUUUGACCUUAAGGUUGAAACGUGGUGAGCCACUCCCACCUUCUAUUGCAUAUUACAAUUGCAAAAAUUUACGUACACUCACAAGAAUCUCGAACUCGAGGUAUGGUUCAACUAUUUCUACGAUAGACUCAAAUUUCAUUUUGCAACUAAAAUGUCUUAGGACAUUAAAUUUGCGUAAAAAUGGCAUAAUUGAAGUCCCAAAGGAAAUUGGUGAAUUGGUACAUUUGAGGCAUAUUGAUUUGUCAUGGAAUGAUGGUUUGAAGAUAUUGCCAGACAGUAUAUGUGAGUUGUACAAUUUGUAUACCUUGCGCCUAAAUUAUUGCAGGUCACUUGAAAAACUACCAGAUAACAUGGGGAAGUUGAUUAGCUUAAAGCACCUUUAUGUUUUUGGCUGUGAUAUGCUGGAGUACUUGCCAAAAGGGAUUCGGAGACUACAAAAAUUGAGAACAAUUGAAGCGUGUGUUGUGGUUUGUGAUGAAGAUGAGGACAAAGAAGCAUUACAAGUGGGAGAUCUGAGAGACAUGAACCUUGAGGGCCGUCUCAGCAUAAUAUUAAAGGGGAAUGUGAAAGAUGAGAGAGAGCUUGAGAAAGCACAAUUGUGGCACAUGAAGCAACUCUUUCAUCUCGGAAUUAAUUCUUACUAUGUCCAAUACAAGCAGACAUCAAGCACCGUUGAAAUACUGAAUCUUUUACGACCGCACGAAAAUCUGGAAUCUUUAAGCAUUCGUGUGCAUUCAGGCGCCAAAUGCCCCAAUUGGAUGAUGUCUUUGAACAACUUAAAAAUCAUCUUUCUAUCUGGAUGGAGUGAAUGCAAGUUUUUGCCUCCCCUUGGGAAAUUGCCAUACCUUGCAAAACUGACUAUAGUGCUAAUGAUGAAGGUGAAAAAGGUUGGUGGUGAAUUUUUGGGAGUAGACCAAGAUGAAACGUCAGUGAAAUCAUCAUCAUACUCAUUUUUCCCAAAGUUGAAAGAACUCGAAAUUGCCUACAUGGAAGCGUUGGAAGAGUGGGAAGUAGGUGUGGAAGGUUGGAACAAAGAGGAUUCUGAAAUUUCAAUCAUGCCAUGCCUUUCCUCCUUAGAAGUUCGUGAGUGCCAUCACAUAAAAACGCUGCCAGACUUCCUUUGCAACACUCCACUGCAGGAUCUUACCAUUUACAAAUGUUCGACGCUUUCUAAGCGUUGUGAACAAGGCAGUGGAGAAGAGUGGCCCAAGAUUUCUCACAUCCCAAACAUCAAAAUCAACAUUUGACUUCUCAUAAUUCAUAUGAUCUUCAAAGGACAUGAGCAAUGCGGAUCAAGUGGUGACUCGCGAGGUAGGCAUAUAUAUUAACCUCUUUGGAAAGGAAAUUAUUCAUCUGCACGUACCGAAUUCGAUAUCAAGUUUGCACGGCACACGGAUUUGCUUAUCUCAGUUGCUCAAGUUUUCGCAGAGCGGAUGGGAGCCAAAUUAAGGAGUCUCGUGCCUCGGAUGGGUGGGGAUCAUGGUGAUAAAGCUCGCGUGAUUCAGACGAUUCUGUUUAUGUCAGCAAUAAAAUGAUUCAAACAUUCCUCGGAACAAGGCUUCAAACGGUGAUGACUGCGUCAUUUGCUUUUACCCUGCAGGUGUUGUCAAUCAUCAAUGAUUACUCUGAUCGGCAUUUUAGAAGUGAACAUGAGAGAUUUUGAGGUCACAAUGAGAACGAUCCAGGGAUCUCUUGUUGUAUCUUCCUUCCUCAACAGCUUCAUUCGGUUUAGCUUGAAUGGUCAUUUUCUGCUGUCCUCACCGAGGCUGGUGCUUAUAACACUGCUAAACAGCAAACUAUUUAAACAAAGUUGCCGUACAGAACGCUCUUUCCUUAUGUCAUCCGCUCCUUGGAUUCCCAUACCCGUUUCAGUGGGGUGCAUGUCUUUGGGAUGAUGGGAGCAGCAAUUGUUAAAUCUGCAGAGCAGCACGGCUUUCAGGUGCUACACCUCCUCCAGCAAGUGUAGUGAGCCAGACUACUGACCUGCAGGUUGUUGGCAUGCUGCUUGAAGGAAUUUUUGGUGAUGCUGUCGGUACCACUGCAUCUGUUGAAAAUAUUGGCUUGCUUGGAUUGACACACAUAGGGUAGGGAGCAGGAGUGUGAUGCAGAUUUCAACUGGUUUCAUGUUCUUCUCUAUAUUUGGUUCGUUCUUUCCUUCUGUUUGACAUGUCACACUGUGGGGUUACCGCAUUGUGUUUUGACAGUGUUAAUUUUACGUUUUUGAGGGAAGUUUGGCGCACUCUUUGCAUCGAUUCC